AGUUUCCAAAAUGGUAUGGAAUGAUUCCAUCUUAAUCUAUAUAUAAUCCUAAAUCAACUAUUGAAGGAUUUAAAGCUAGUUUGAUUACUAAUAGAAUAUAUGAUCCUACAUAUUGUCCAGAAUAAGAUUUAUUUAAGAGAUUAGAAGAUAAUGGUUUUAUUUCAGAUGUAAUACCAUUUCCACAUUCUGACAAACGUAGAUAAUAAAUAGUUGUUUAAUCUUAUUCUCUUGCUUGGAAGAAACAUUCAAAUAAAAAAUCAGAUUAAGAAAUUGAAAAACUUAAUUAAUUAUAUAGUUUCUUAUAAAAAGAUUAAAAGGAUUAUCAUCAUGAUUCAAGUGAUUUAUUCAUUGCCAAUCUAUUGAAUUUGAAUGCAGAAUUGAAAUCUAAAUCAUUACCUGAAAUUUCUGAUUUUGUAUUUAAUAUGAAAAUAUGGGAUAAAUUAAUAUAAGAGAGAUUAUCAUCCAAAAAUCAACUAAACCUUCUGGUAUAUAUUUAUAAAGGGAUCCAGAAGUGUUAUUGAAUGAGCAAAUAAAAUAAUAUAAUCCAUUUUUAACAACUCAAUAUUUAAAAAAGAAAUUAUAA